AUGAGGGACAGGGACACUUGUGGGACCCACCUUGACACCUGCAGAGUGUCCGGCUGCCAGGAGGAGGUCGGAGCCGAAGCCCUGGAAAGGAUGUUUGCUGCCUACCCCCAGACCAAGACCUACUUCCCCCACUUCGACCUGCACCACGGCUCUGACCAGAUCCGUGGCCAUGGCAAGAAGGUGGUGGCUGCCCUUGGCAACGCUGUCAAGAACAUUGACAACCUCAGCCAGGCCCUGUCUGAGCUCAGCAACCUGCACGCCUACAACCUGCGUGUCGACCCUGUCAACUUCAAGGCAGGC